CAUUUCGACAGUUAAACGCUGUAUAACUGUCCAAAUGUCCGUCUAGCCCCUUAUUGAUACUGAGACACGGGAGUAGAACGGUGCCAAAAAGUGUGUGUUUGUGGGGUACACAAAGUGCCCCCCUUCCCCCGCUUCUUACGCCAGUGUGAGAUGAUAUGACACAUCAGUAUCGAUAAGGGGAGGGUUGGAGGUGACUCGACCUACUUUCAUACGGACCUACGCAAAUGGAUUUCCGUACGACAUACUAGUCUAUUUUUAGCUCCUGGGAAAACCAGCUCAGACAAGCUUAGGACAAUAAAAUAGAAUCGGGAUAAAUUUAUAUGUAUUACUAGUAUGUGUAUUACUAUUCGCUAGGUAUGGUUUAGUUCAGUGAAUGUUCAGGAAGGACGACAAGACAAUCAUUUUAUUUAAAGGGUUUCAUCCUCUGUUGAUUGAGAGCGUGAAAACCUAACACGGCUCUGCACUAACAUUAGCAGCAGCUAAAAUCGUUGGACGUGACGACAUUAAGGUCCAUCAACGAUUCUGCAGAACGUCUAGUUCUUGUUAAAUCUGCCAAACUCUGUUACUCGGGAUUUUUACUGCUGUAAGUUUAGGUGAAAACUACCAAUGAACUUGUCUGUUUUAUUUCUUAUUGGGUUCAUUUGUGGAACACAAUCUACCACGCUGGAUUUGCGGAAGACAGCCUACCACUCUCGAUUUGCGGACAACCUACCACUCUCGAUUUGUGGAAGACAACCUACCAUUCUCGAUUUGUUAAAGACAACCAGGAAUAGCAGAAAGUAUAAGCUACAAGUUAUGAAUUGCUCAAAAUUAGAUCGACAUUUUCUGGAUAACUUAAAUAAUUCGUCAGGCCAUCGUACUGCGACCUUGUACACAAAUAGGCAGAGAGAGGAGAGGGAAUAUACUUCUAACUGCAUCCGACCAAAAUGCCCGAGAUACGUCGACUUAGAGUCAAGACGGCAAUCUUUCAUAGGCUGGCCCAGAAAGUAUUUUACACAGGAUCCCGAAGACUUAGCAAGAUGUGGCUUCUUUUACACUGGGACAGCAGAUCGCGUCACCUGUUUCUGUUGUGGAGUAACCGUGAGACAUUGGAUGCCAGGUCAGGAACCAAGUUCAAGACACUUAUCUUUAUCACCGGAGUGUAGUUUCGUGCGAUCUCUACACCAUGAUGAGUUGUCAAGAAUCCCUCUACAGUCAUAUUCUCAAACAGGCGGGACCGAAAGUUCAGGAACAAACCAAUGCUAGUGACCAUGUUGUUCAAAAGGUGAUGAACAUGGGGUUUUCUAAAGAGCAGAUAUCUGUAGUUACUGCUAAACAUGGUGGAAAGGUGUUCGAUGUAGCUGACCUUAUUGAAGCAAUAUUGGUUUUGGAACAGGAGGAGUCGAGUGUUGAGGUACCUGGUCCAGAAAAUUACCAACCGAAUAGAACUACUCAAUAUAACAUGUCUGGUAAUGAAGCUAGCACAAACUUGACAGAGCAGCUAAAAUCUAAUCCGAACUCGAGCUUGGACAGUGCAGCUGGUGGUAGUGUUACUGAAAAACCCAAUGCUGACUUACCCAGUUUAGCUGAAGGAGGGCAAGCUCCAGAGUCUGGUUCGGAACGGAAUCACCAGACAAGAAAUGACAAAGGUAGGGAAACAUCUAUGGACGUGCUAAACAAACAGUCGCAUUUUGACAACCAGAAAUCUGCUGAUGCAGUUACGGGAAAAGAAAAUUGUCAAAUGGAUGAAAUAAGGAACGAAAACCUACAUCUGAAGACACAGCGCAUGUGCAGACGAUGUCGCCUGGAAGAAUCAGUGAUGCUCUGUCUGCCAUGUGGCCACAUAGCAAGCUGUGUGGAUUGCAUUGGCAAAACUGACAAAUGCUUUGUUUGCAGUACCAAGAUCUUGGGGACAGUGAGGACUUACCUAGCUUAAACCAGGGGAGUAGUGUGGUGUGGACUUCGGUGUUGGUGUAUGGGUAGGGUCGAAUUAUGAUGCUAGCGGACAUUUGACUUUUUUUCCCCUUGGACACCUAUAAGAAUAGCCAAAUGAACUUUUUCAACUGUAGUUUAACAUACUGGCUUAGAGACAAACAUUAAAAUAUAUAAUUUGCAA